CGGCAUCCGAACAACUUUUCAGCAAAAAUGCAACAUUUUCAUAGUGCACAAUUAUUUUAGUACAUUCCUAUCAGAAAUAGUUAUAUGACAAAAUUGGAGAACGAUUGUUAUCAUUGGCAACAUCAUUACUGUUUAUUUUUAAUUAGUUCGCGAGACCAUCAAAUUUUAUUUGCGAUAAUUCAUAAAUUCAAGCGAUGGGCAGUCCUCAAGAUGAAUUAUGUCCUCCGCCAACGGAAGAUGAUGAAUUGACAUUACCUCGGGCAAGCAUUAACAAAAUAAUAAAGGAACUUGUACCAUCGGUUAGAGUAGCAAAUGAAAGUCGAGAGUUGUUGCUUAAUUGUUGUUCGGAAUUUAUACAUUUAAUCAGCUCGGAAGCCAACGAGGUUUGCAACAUGCGUAACAAAAAGACAAUAAACGCUGAGCAUGUUCUAGAAGCUUUGGAUCGACUAGGUUUUCGUGACUAUAAACAAGAAGCUGAAGCCGUUUUAAAUGAUUGCAAAGAAGUGGCAGCGAAACGUCGACGGCAAAGUACCCGUCUGGAGAAUUUAGGUAUCCCGGAAGAGGAACUACUACGCCAACAGCAAGAAUUGUUUGCUAAAGCGCGUGAAGAGCAAGCCAGAGAAGAGCAACAGCAAUGGAUGAAUAUACAAGCAAGCGCCGUACAACAGAACGCUGAACUGCUACAAAAACAAAUGAAACAAGCUGUAGAAGACGAUGAUGAUGAUGAUGAUGAUUAUUAAGUGUCUUGACUAAGGAACUAAAGAUUAACCUUCUUAUUUAUUAAAAAAAAACGAAAUUAUGGAAAGUUGAUGUGAACCAGACAAUCCAUUAUAUAUAAUGCCGAAAAUUCAUAACAUCCUCCAAAGAAGCACUGCGUCUAUUAAUAAUAGUUAACUACACUAGCUAAUUGUAUGAAUAAGAUAUAAAAUGUAGAUCCGAACACUUUUUCAAUACCGAAAGUUUAUCCGUACUGACGAUUUUAUAUAUAUGUAUAUGCAUACACAACUUAAAGUGAAUGUGUUUCAAUCGUUUGAUUUACAGUUUCAAAAGUUUUAAUAA